AUGAAAUCAAGUUUUGUACGAAAUAUUUCAACGAAACAAGCUAUGGAUCAAAUAAAAGUUGUAUUAGAUAAUAAAAAAGUAGUAUCAAAAGAUAAUGAGGAAAUAGUCUAUUUAAAUGUUGGUAAUGAAAAAAUGGCAACAAAACGUUCAACAUUAACUUGUGUUCCAAAUACAUUAUUAACCAAAAUGUUUACAGAAAAUUAUCAGACAUUAUUGAAAGAUCGUGACGGAUAUAUUUUUCUUGACUAUGAUCCAACUGCUUUUAGACAUUUACUAAAUCAAUUACGACAAUUGAAUUCAUCAGAAACACCUCUGAUAAUUAAUCCUCCUACUGGUGAUUUAACUGAUACAUAUUUAUUCAUGGUAAAACAACUUGGAUUCACUCAAACACAAAACAAAUUACAUACAAUCCAAUUUGAUUCUAAUUCUAUUAAUGGCAAAAUAGAAGAGAAUGGUUUAGUAGCAUCACAUGACAGUGAUUGGACAUGUGCAGAAAUACGUAGUUUUCAAACAUUCUCGUUUGGUGUUCAUCAUAUUAAAAUCAAAAUUGAAAAUUUAUAUGGUGAUCUCUUUCUGGGUAUUGUAUCAAAAAAUAUGAUCGAACGACAUAUAUUCUCAUUUUCAAAUCGAUCAUUAUACGGUUGGACAAUUCGUGAACUAUAUCUAAAUGGUGUUUAUCAUGCACAUUAUGGAAAUUCUAGAAAUGGAAACAUGAAACAAAAUGAUAUUGUAGAGAUAACAAUUGAUUGUGAAAAUAAAAAGUUUAAAAUGAAUAAUGCUUGUCAACACCACGAAAUAUCAAUUGAUAUUGAACAAUGUCCAUUUCCUUGGCAGUUCAUUACUAUGAUGACAGAGUAUGGCGAUCGGAUAAAAAUUGUACAAUAA